AUGGACAUUCCGCAAGCACAGGAAGAGGAAAUAGUAGUACGGCCGGCCAAGCGGAAAAGAGUCGCGUUGGCAUGCGAUACCUGUCGCGAACGGAAGAUCAAGUGCGAUGGGUCGAAGCCCUUGUGUAAUCCCUGCAGAAAGAGGGGGGAACCGUCUGCACGAUGCGUUUAUACUGUCAUUGCCGGAACGGCAAAACAGCUUAGUGAGCAAGAGUACAUUGCAUCACUGCAGAAACAAGUACAGGACAUGCAAUUGGUGAUCGACCAGCUCCGCCAAGAUGCAGAACUCACCCCCAAAAGCCCCAGAGGCAUACCAGGUACAAUCCACGCCAAAACAAACGGCCCAAGCCCCGUGAGUACAAUGGGCGCUACAACACUCACUCUGGACCGCCAGGAAGACGAGUUCUUUGGUCAAUCCUCGGUCCACUCCCUUCUCCGAGAGGUUCCUCAUCCCGACCGCCGUAGCAGCCGGUCAACGGCCCCGCCUCGGAAUCGGGACCGGAGUUCCGCGACGUCAUUUCUAACAGCCGAAUUUGCGUUGCCACCAAGACAAGUAGCCGACAAAUUUCUGAAUCUGUACUUCGAUAAUGUGCACAUCUUUUAUCCUUGGACGCAUUCUACUUGGUUCAGAAAACGGUAUGAGUCCUUAUGGACGCCAGGUGGAUAUCCAGGUGCGGAUACGGGUCAGACCGGUGAUAUUGGCCUAGGCGGAGACCAGUGCUCCGAAACCUCGUUCUUUUGUGCUCUGAAUGCCAUGUUUGCUCUGGGGUGUGAGCUUUCGGACCUACCGGAGAAGGAAUCGGCCUCGGCAAUGUUCAGCUCAAGAAUGAGAAGCUUGUUGCAGAUGGAUAUCCUUGACAAAGGCGACCUGUCGCAUGUGCAGGCGUUGCUCCUGGCGGGCGACUAUGCACACUCGAGCGAGCACCCCAUAAGGUGUUACAACACCGUCGGCCUGGCGUGUCGCAUCGCUGUGGGGCUGGGUUUGCACACAGACAGGCAUGCUGAUCAGAGAUCUGUCAUGGAGAAUGAAGUGCGUCGAAGGGUUUGGUACGGAUGCUUGCACCUGGAGAUGGCAGUCUGCAUGACUCUAGGGAGACCACCGGUUCUGCAAGUAACAGACGGCGUUCCCGUUCCUGCUGCAGUCGACGAUGAGUUCAUCUGUCCUGAUAACACCUCAUGCGUCCAACCAGAGGGAAAAGCAUCACAAAACCUUUUCGUAGUCGAGAACAUCCGACUAGCUAAGAUUCUCGGCAAGAUCCUCUCUUCGAUAUACUGGCCAAGUCCAUCCUCAGAUUUCAGCGCCCUUGUCCGUCUGGAUGGUCUGCUCGAAGAUUUCAAAGGUUCUCUGGUCAGCGAUCUAAGAUGGUGGGAUGUCGACGCAGCGAGGCAGCAAGGAGCCAGAGGCCACAUCUUGAAGCGGCAGACAAAUGUGCUUCACGCCAGAUUCCUUCAUCUCAGAAUCUUGUUGUACAGACCUAGUUUCAGUUCAUUCUGCGCGGCAGCAAGGCGACCACGACAACGCCGGGGUGCGGGCUCCGGCCUAGACGAGGCCGGCAUCGAAGCCAACACUCUGCAGGGUGCCUUCCAGGCUCAGUGCGCCACUACGUGUGUUCAGGUUGCCUACGAACUAUCGGCAUCCCUGCGGGCCGCGUGGGAAGUGGAAGCGACAGGAGCAUGGUGGUUCAGAUUCUUUUACCUCAUGACAUGCGGAGGCAUAAUCAUCCUCGCCGAGUGUGCCCAAGCCGGAGGAAGCACGCACUUCAACCAGCAGCAGCUCGACGCCACUUGGGAGAACACUACAGUACUUCUUCGGGAUAUUGGCAGGGAAAAUGCCCGCGCCAGGGGAUACUUGGACCAUCUGCAACUUUUGAAAGACCAAGCACGGUCUGCUCACUUCUCCAUGCGCAACUCUGUGGUUCCGUCCCGGGCAUCAUCUCCCAGACCGCCGGUCAGCCCUGCGGGUGAGAACUGCGAUGGACUUAUACCUCAAGGGACAGAGGGACAGACAGAACCUAUUGAUUUCAUGGCGUCAUUGUUUAAUGAUAGUUGGGACUGGAGCCUUGACGGUGGUAUGCCAACUUAUGGCGGUCUCGGAUUUGGAGACGAGUUCAUAUUUCCUCUGCCUGGUGGACUAGCUUAA